UAUCAUGCCUACAUCAAAGAUUCGAAUGGACCGUCCGAAGAGGUCAACAGCGAAGACAGAGCAGGCGACUGGGAACUGAUUAACUCUCAUGGUGGCGUCGAACAACCUGCCCAUCCAGUCUUCGUGUCAUCCUCAGAGUCAAAUGCAGCUUUACCUCCUGGUUGGGAGGAAAGGCAAGAUGCUAACGGUCGAACGUAUUAUGUCAAUCACAUUGCAAGGACAACACAAUGGGAAAGACCUAUGCAGAGCACGGCUAGCAAUAAUGAAAACCAGGAACAAAGAGUUCUCGACUCGGCUGUAGAAUUUGAACGUAGAUUCCAUUUCACUGAAGAUACCGAAAAUGAUACCAGGAGAAAUUCAACAGUCAGCAUUAAUAACCAGAACGAAGAUACAACAGACACGUCUACAACUGCUUCAAGAAGGGACUCGACAACUUCAAAUGCCAGUAGCGUGGCACAAAACAAUUUACAGAAUUUAAGCGAGGGUUUACCGUCAGGAUGGACGAUGCAGUUGGCACCCAAUGGUCGGUGGUUCUUCAUCGAUCACAACGAACGUACCACCACGUGGGUCGAUCCCCGAACCGGACGAGCGAGUCCUAUGCCCAAUCAGAAUACCGCACCAGUUACCAACAGAAGACCGGACGACGACUUGGGACCACUUCCGGAAGGAUGGGAAGAGCGCGUCCAUAGUGAUGGUCGGAUCUUUUUUAUAGAUCACAACACAAGAACUACACAGUGGGAUGACCCACGAUUAUCUAAUCCUAAGAUUGCUGGUCCUGCAAUACCUUACUCUAGAGACUAUAAGAGGAAAUAUGAGUUUAUGAAGAUGCAAUUAAAAAAACCGACAAACGUUCCCAAUAAAUUCGAAAUAAAGGUUAGAAGAAAUAAUAUUCUGGAAGACUCCUACGUAGCAAUAACGACGGUGCCUAGGGUGGAUUUGUUAAAGACGAAAUUAUGGAUAGAAUUCGAGGCAGAAGUAGGUCUGGAUUAUGGAGGCCUAGCCCGAGAAUGGUUUUACCUUUUAUCGAAAGAAAUGUUCAAUCCGUACUAUGGACUUUUCGAAUAUUCUGCAAUGGACAAUUAUACUCUACAAAUAAAUCCGUUUUCAGGGAUGUGCAAUGAAGAACACUUAAAUUAUUUCAAGUUUAUUGGACGGGUGGCAGGUAUGGCUGUGUAUCAUGGAAAACUAUUAGAUGCAUUUUUUAUUAGACCGUUUUAUAAGAUGAUGUUAAAUAAACCGAUUGAUAUCAAAGAUAUGGAAUCGGUCGACAGUGAAUAUUACAAAUCACUUUUAUGGAUAAAAGAAAAUGACCCAUCCGACCUAGGUUUGACCUUCGCAGUUGACGAAGACUCCUUCGGACAGACAUCACAACACGAACUGAAAACCGAUGGCGCAAACAUUCCCGUAGAUAAUUCUAAUAAGGACGAAUACAUUCAGUGUGUGAUUAAAUGGAGGUUCGUCGAAAGGGUGCAGCCUCAGAUGAACGCGUUCUUGGAAGGUUUCAGUGACUUAUUGCCCCUCCACGCUAUCAUGAUUUUUGACGAGCACGAACUCGAGCUACUCAUGUGUGGCAUUCAAAAUGUGGACGUGAAAGACUGGAAACAAAACACUGUCUACAAGGGCGAUUAUCACGCAAAUCACAUUAUAAUCCAAUGGUUCUGGAGGGUGGUUUUGUCAUUUUCGAACGAGAUGCGCUCGAGGCUGUUGCAAUUCGUCACAGGAACUUCCCGGGUACCAAUGAACGGAUUUAAAGAACUGUACGGUAGUAAUGGCCCCCAGCUGUUUACCAUUGAGAAGUGGGGCACUCCAGAUAAUUACCCCAGAUCUCACACAUGCUUCAAUCGGUUAGAUUUACCCCCUUAUGAUAGUUACCAGCAGCUACGAGACAAAUUAAUAAAAGCUAUUGAAGGUUCGCAAGGUUUUGCAGGAGUCGAUUAA